CGUCCCACCUCGAGCGUCUCCUCCAGCCAAGUGGGGGAGACGGCAAGUGGAGAGAGCAAACAAAGUCCGCUUACAAAGCCCCCAGAUGAGUCAUUCGUGGGGUGUUGGUUUUCAUUUUUUGCAAGAAACUUGAAGGUGACUGUGGCCGAUAUGUUGGCAGUCCUCUUGUCGGCUCACUUGAGGUGGGGACCCCUGUUUAGAAGACCGAGAACUUUUUCUUUUUUUUUUUUUUUUUUUUUCCUGCUCCGUUUCUGUUUGCAAACGAAGCACUUGGUGGGCAGUAGUAAUGAGCUCACGGGGAAACUUCGGAACUGGAGGCUAGGAAGCUCGUCACUUUAAGUGCGUUCUUCCCGCCUCUUUGAGUUAUUUUCCUUCUUUGAAUAACUUCGCGAAAUCCCAAACCAGUAGCUUGGGUGCUCGAAACCUUUUGUGACUAACCAAGAACGGAUGCAGAAUUUUCAAAAAUAAUCCUCCCAGCCCCUGGGCCCAUCCCAGUGGAGUUAAUAUAGGGAACUGGAUAAUUCAAACGUUGCCUAUUGUGUAGAGAUGGUUUAUUGUUUGAAGAUAUAUUCUUUUGAAUGUAAUUUGCUUUUUAAAUAAUUGUAUUAUAUUCAGGCUUCUUAAAAUUGAGCAUACUCAAAAUUAUGGAAUUCACUAACUUGGCCUUUUUCUCAUUCUGAUCUAGUAUUGUUUUAACGUGCUUUGAUGAGAUUGAUAAUGAGAUAAGCCAACUUAAAAAUGCAUUGGAAAAGAAAUGAUAUAUAACCAGCUUGCAUCCAGCUAUUAAAAUCUUUUUUUCCACCUGAUGGAGAAGUGUGAAAGCUAAUAUUUGAUCCUGGGCUUGGCAAUGUGUGCAGUGAUAAUUUAGAGCCGAGGACAGUUGAAUGGGUAAAGAGAAUAUUUCAGUCUUUUCUCUGGAAAGAGAACAAGUUGGGGAAACCCAGUUCCCCUCUUAGAAGGCUUCAUGUAGAAGUGUGGGGAUCCUAGGAAUCCUCAGAGAGUGAUUCCCGUAGUGGUCAAGGCAUUCUACAGCAUUUCACCCGAGAAGCAGGGACCUGGUGUGACCCUCGUGUGAGAGUGAGCUUCAGCAAUGCUGUAAAAAUACUUUAUGUUGCCACAGACAUCUGAAUUGGUAAAAUGGCAGCCCAUGAAGCCUCCCAUCAUCAGCAGCAGGCAGCACAGAACAGUUUGCUGCCCCUUCUGAGCUCUGCUGUGGAGCCCCCUGAUCAGAAACCAUUGCUUCCAAUACCGAUAACUCAGAAACCUCAGGCUGCUCCAGAAACAUUAAAGGAUGCCAUUGGGAUUAAGAAAGAAAAGCCCAAAACUUCCUUUGUGUGCACUUACUGCAGUAAAGCUUUCAGGGACAGCUAUCACCUGAGGCGCCACGAGUCCUGCCACACAGGCAUCAAGCUGGUGUCCCGGCCAAAGAAAACCCCCACCACGGUGGUUCCCCUCAUCUCCACCAUCGCUGGGGACAGCAGCCGAACUUCGCUGGUCUCAACCAUUGCAGGCAUCUUGUCCACAGUCACUACAUCUUCCUCGGGCACCAACCCCAGCAGCAGUGCCGGCAGCACAGCUAUGCCCGUGACCCAGUCUGUCAAGAAACCCAGUAAGCCUGUUAAGAAGAACCACGCGUGUGAGAUGUGUGGGAAGGCCUUCCGAGAUGUGUACCACCUCAACCGGCACAAGCUCUCCCAUUCGGACGAAAAGCCCUUCGAGUGUCCUAUUUGCAAUCAGCGCUUCAAGAGGAAGGACCGCAUGACUUACCACGUGAGGUCUCACGAAGGAGGCAUCACCAAACCCUACACUUGCAGUGUUUGUGGGAAAGGCUUCUCGAGGCCUGACCACUUAAGCUGUCACGUAAAACAUGUCCAUUCAACAGAAAGACCCUUCAAAUGCCAAUUUUCCUCCCUCAUGCAGACAUGCACUGCUGCCUUUGCCACCAAAGACAGACUGCGGACACACAUGGUGCGCCACGAAGGCAAGGUGUCUUGUAACAUCUGUGGGAAGCUCCUGAGCGCAGCGUACAUCACCAGCCACCUAAAGACGCAUGGGCAGAGCCAGAGUAUCAACUGCAACACGUGCAAGCAGGGCAUCAGCAAAAUAGCGUGCAUGAGUGAAGAGACCAGCAACCAGAAGCAGCAGCAGCAGCAGCAGCAGCAGCAGCAGCAGCAGCAUGUGACGAGCUGGCCAGGGAAGCAGGUAGAGACAUUGAGACUGUGGGAAGAAGCUGUCAAAGCAAGAAAGAAAGGUAAGAUGAGGUGUCCAGUGCCCACAGCAUGGCUAGAAGAGCGUUUGCGUCUAGUGUGUGCCAAGUAGCAAAGGAAAAUAGCCACAGCUCAGAGAUUCCUGCUUUAUGGACACACUUUAUGAAGAUACUCUGUGCUGGGAAGUAUCUGGUUGAGUUAUUAGCAGCAAAGCUUCUAAGCUUCUGGAUAGUUUUCUUUUUCCUAGGAAAUAAAAAUUCUCAGUACUUCUUAUCAUGUUCUUUCUUUUGAUUUACCUUUCAUUACAAAUUUGGAGUCACAUUUGGUACUUUGCUAUGUACACCCAGAGUUCCUUUUUAUGUUCUUUUUAUGUCAGCCUCCAUGCAUUAAAGGCUCCUUGUUUUUUUUUUCUUUCUAAAAUAUUCCCACUCUUAGAGGUAGAUGAACUAUCCUUCUGUGCACAUAAGUUCAUUUUCUUACAACUGUGCUAUUUUCUGCUCUUUAGGGUUGUUUCUGAAUUGUGGUGUUUUU